GUCGCGACGGUAGAUGGAAUAAAUUAUAACGAUUGGUUGCACUCCGCUCAGAGCUGCCUCGUUCGUGAUUGCGGUGAUGUCUAAUCCAUCAAGUCGGUGAUCUGAUAACGAUUGUCAUUUGAGGAAGGGCCCAUGAUGUCCAUCAACUCUACCACCAUGGAAGACACCGCAGGAAAGAACGACGCCAGAAGCCCAGCAACAACAUAUUUAAUUGCUCAAGGUGGCCAUUAUUAUCCCCUCUACAACAACAAUGAUACCACGGGCAAUUAUCAGGCACAAGUCCAAGCAAGACCUUGCUGCCACGGAGGCUUAGAGCGAGCGCCACAAUCCGCAAAGUAUGACGAAAUGGACUUGUACUCCCUCAAACCAAAUGUCAAGGUUGAUUUUGAAGAAACCUUUCAGGAGCCCCUUGGUUCAGAAAGUAUCAGCGUGGUGUUUAACUACAACAAAGCCAUCUUUAAUUGGACUUCGAGGGAUUUUUACAUCUUCCUGUCGGCCCUACUAGGCCCCAUCCUUGGCAUAGCUUGGGGACUUGUCUUCGCUAGCAUGAACUUCUUGCUUGUCUGGGUGGUCAAUCCUACCCUUAAGGUGAUUCUACAGGCUUGUAGGAUCGUGGAGGUGCUCUCAAGGGGAGUGGUCCGAUCUUCUUUGGAUCCCAUCUUCCAAUCCUUCGGUCAGAUGUUCACCUAUCUCAGAGGAAACUUUUCGUUGACUGUCCCGGGCUUGGAUAGACUGAGGAUGAAGUGUGACCAAAUCAGAGUGGCAACCACGUCGUCCGAUUCCAACGUUUGAAUU